UGGGGAUCUGUGCGGUGGGGAGAUCCGUCAGUGUGAUGUGAAAGCGUGUGGACAGAGAGGCGGAUCUUAUAUCCAGUCUGUGAUCUGAAGGAGCUCAGGACAGCGUGUCUGAGCAAAAUGAAACAUGGAUGAGGAGGUCGCCGAAAGUUGGGAGGAAGCUGCUGAUAGUGGGGAAAUGGAAAAACGGUUAGAAGAGAAGCUAAGGAUCAGCCAGAGAGAAAAGGAGUCAAGUAAUAAUUCUUCACGAUCUCCAUUGAAAACAACCAUGGUGAUACAGGACGACUCUCUUCCAGCAGCACCCCCACCUCAGAUACGCAUUUUGAAGCGGCCUACAAGUAACGGGUCACUGGGAUCACCCUUGAAUCAGAACAGACCCACACCACAGGUCAAAUCUCUGGCCCAGCGUGAGGCAGAGUAUGCCGAGGCCAGGAAGAGAAUACUCGGCAGCGCCUGCCCAGAGGAGACGCCUCAGGACAAACCCAACACUGACAGGACAGGCCGCAAUAACUUUACAUCGCCUUCAGAGGACACCCGAUCAAACAAUCACACUGUGCGGCAGCCAGCCGGCCCAGACGGCACCCACGGGUUCCGACAGCACAGAUAAGUGGGCCUCGGGCCCCGCAGCCAUUCAGGGGAGAGAUAGAUCAAGGGCCACCAGAGAGCAAAGACAUUACUGUAUUCUAGAAACUUCCUUCCUUCAGUUCAACUCUUCCCAAUCGCAGUCGCAUGGAACCGACACCAGGGAACUCCAGGAGGAAAUCAAAUUGAAAUGUGCUCUCUUCUCUCCCCGCUCCAAGUCUGUUUGACACUGUGAUUAUGGACAUCUUCUGGACUCACUGUGAUGAUCCCUUUAAGAGACGCCCCGUCACCUCCAUCUCUCCUCCUCCUUCAGUGCCCAGCGGCUCCGUCUCAGGACGCCCGCACGGCAGAAGCAAAGACUUAAAAGGACACCAGAGAGGACAAGGAGUGGCGGGCUAUAGCAAAAUGAGAUGAGCUGGUACUCGGGCAGCAGCUUCUCCCCCAGCAAUAAUACCAGACAUCACUUCUCACACCUUUUACAUACAUGUUUUUAAUUUUCAGAUGUUGGCUCACUAAAUUUUUUUUCUUUUUCUGGCUUGUCUUUAAUGAUCUAUACUAGGGAUGCUCUGAUAUAUACAGAUACUUCUCAUUAUACAUGCACCACCAAGAACCUAUUCAUUAAAACAGUAUUUAAUACUGACAUUUUAUAAAGUAAAUCUUACAAUAUCUGCAGUAUUUAUGAAAUAGGAAGCAUUUUGUAUUUUUUUUUGUUUUGUGGUGAAUUAGACUCAGAAUACUGUUGAGGUUUUUCCUUCCAGUUUAAACAGACUCGCUGGGCAGAAGCUUGCGGUGUCAGAUCUCCCACAGUAAACUCUGAGCUGAGAACUUCACUGGUAUCUGCCUGGUAACUGAGCUGUUUGCAAUAUCAGUGCACCCCUAAUAUGUAAAUUGCCAUUUGUUUUUAAAAAGCUGAGGGUAAGGGUUAUGUGUGUCAAGUUGUAUAUCUGACAAGUUCUGUUUACGGUUGUCUUUUUUUUUUUUUAAUUAAGCUUUUCAGCUGUCUUCCUUGGACUGUCACAUCAUUAUUUCUAUUUAAAAGUAAAAGCAAAAAAAGACAAAUGAAAAGGAGAUUUAAGUCAGUUUUUAAGUAGCUUUUCUGCCUUUUUGUAUGCGAUGGUAGCGAUGUCAGAGCAGUAUUUUAAUCAAAAUGAACCAAAAUCCCAUUUUAAAUUCAGCCUGUAUAUAUAUAUAUCAGUUAAUUCAGAUAUCAUUAUUCGAAGGUGGUGUUGGUAGCAACUCAAGGGAGGAUCAGAUGGGGGAAAUGAAUUUACUGCUGUACUUCACAAGCCUCUCGGUCACAUCUCCACCUCGCCAGCGGCGUGCUCGUUUCUUCAUGUCCUUCACUGACGUACAGUACGUAGGAACUCAGGUGCAAGUGAACGAGACUGAAUGAAUGAAAUGAACUAAGAUUGUAUUUUUGCAGCGGGUUUGAUCGCUCAAGCAGCAAAUGUCCGUAUUAAAGCGCGGGUUGGCACUUUGUUAGAAACGGUGCUUUACAGUGAAAUGUAACCGAAACGAUGUCCACGUCCCAAGAUGAAUGAAUGCCUGAUUUCUUUUUUUUGUCUGUUCAUCUUGAUUAGUCAAAACGGUAACAUUGUUCAUUAACUGAUGGUCCUCUGCUGAAAUGAAACAUGGAGACACAGCUGUAGGUAGUGACUACCUGUAUGACUAGGACCAUUGUGCCCAAUAGAUGUUCUUUAUUUGUACUAACUAAAAAGCGAUCUCAAUAAAAAGCCAUAUUCAGUGGUGCACAUCA